AUGCGGGUGCGGGUUAUCGGGCACAGCCCGAACGGGCACUGGCCCGCGGGGCGCACCCGAUUUGGGCGCUGCGGGGCGCCGGCGACCAGGGAGCAGGGGGGCCAGGGCGGCGAUGUGGUGGCAGAAUGGCGCGGACGCGCGGUGAGCGGCGCCCGCAGCGGAGCAGCAGCAGCAGGGCUGCACGGCGGAGGGAGAGCGACCGCACGGGGCGGCCAUGGCGCGGCCAUGGCAGGAGCACACGGGGCGCGAGCGAGGGGGGGCUCAUUGGCGGUGGACGCGGUCGGCUGUGGCAAGGGCGCGGUGCAGGUGGCCGCGGCGAGGGCAUGCGCGGGCGCGGGCAUGCGCGCACGGGGCACGGCGAGCGCUGCUACGAGAGGGAUGGCGGCGCGGUGA